UAUAGAUUUUUAGUACUGGCGGUGAAUAUCGGAAUGCUUACCUAUGCAUAUGUUUCUUGUUUGUUCGUAAACUCUCUCUUGCGCACCGAGCCCUAAAGCGCGGGAAUAACAUGAUGAAGCAAAAGUCAAACCAGAUCAAGUUAUCAAAUUAGGUAGCAUUAAACUUGUCACACUCAACACGUGUGUGCUUUUUAUUUGGAUCCAUUUCGCCUUUUCCUGUAUCAAGAUGCAAUUCGUCGCGCGUCAUCCAUGACAGAGAGGGGAUCACAGUCAUGGAAGGGAUCACCUUGACAUGUCAUUCAAAUUUUAGCCGGUUCUCGCUUCAUUUACGCAGUCGAUUUCGUUAAUCGGUGUUUGGAGGUUGUUUGCACAAAAAUAUGGGAGGAAAAUGGUCUAGCAUGGAUCCCUCGCAAGUCGAGGUUCCAGAGAUAAACAAAUUGCUGGAAAGAGAUCCCUAUUUAAAGUUAUAUGAGAACGAUAUUCGCCGGAGAUAUGCCGUGUUUAAGGAUUAUGUUGAAAAAUUAGAGGCAGGAGAUGGAGACUUGAAGCAAUUUACAACUGCAUACAAAAAUUUUGGUAUUCAUAUUCAAGAUGACAAUAGUGUUGUUGCAAAAGAAUGGGCACCUGGUGCACAGGAAGUAUUUCUAACUGGAGAUUUCAAUAAUUGGAAUAAGACUGCUACGCCAUACAAAAGAUUAGAACAUGGAAAAUGGGAGCUGCAUUUACCUCCAAAUGCAGAUGGCAGUUGUCCUUUAAAGCAUCUGUCUGAAGUAAAAAUUAUCAUAAAAAAUCAUAAUAAUGAGUUGCUUGAAAGGCUGAGCCCUUGGGCGAAUUAUGUAACACAGCCACCAAAUAAAUCAGAAGGAACCACUUAUAAACAACGUAUAUGGCAUCCAGAACAUGUAUACAAGUUUAAACAUCCUAAACCAAACAAGCCGGAAAGCUUGAGGAUUUAUGAAUGUCACGUUGGAAUUGCUACAGAGGAGGGACGGGUUGGCACUUAUUUGGAGUUUGCUAAAAAUGUGAUACCAAGGAUCAAAAAGCAAAAUUACAACGCGAUACAAUUAAUGGCAGUAAUGGAGCAUGCUUAUUAUGCUAGUUUUGGAUAUCAGGUAACUUCUUUCUAUGCUGCUUCAUCUCGCUAUGGAACUCCAGAAGAAUUGAAAGAGUUGCUAGAUGUGGCGCAUCAACAUGGUCUCUAUGUUUUGCUAGAUGUGGUACAUUCACAUGCUUCUAAGAACACUUUGGAUGGGCUGAACAUGUUUGAUGGUACAGACGCAUGUUUCUUCCAUUCCGGCUCUCGCGGCGAGCAUUCUUUAUGGGACAGCAGAUUGUUCAAUUAUGCAGAAUAUGAAGUAGUUCGAUUUCUACUGUCCAAUUUACGUUGGUACAUCGAGGAAUAUGGUUUUGAUGGAUUCAGAUUUGACGGCGUUUCAUCGAUGCUGUAUCAUUCAAGAGGCUUAGGACAAGGUUUCAGUGGUCAUUAUGAUGAAUAUUACAACCUGAAUGUUGAUGUGGAGGGUAUAGUCUACUUGAUGCUUGCUAACCAUAUGUUGCACGAAAUAUAUCCCGAGAUUGUUACGAUAGCUGAAGAUGUUAGUGGAAUGCCGGGCAUGUGCAGACCAAUCGCCGAAGGUGGAAUAGGAUUCGACUAUCGAUUGGCUAUGGCUAUUCCCGAUAAAUGGAUCAAGCUAUUGAAAGAUACCAGAGAUGAAGAUUGGAAGAUUGCUGAGAUUUGUUGGACAUUGUCCAAUCGAAGAUGGAUGGAGAAGACGGUCGCUUAUUCCGAGUCUCAUGAUCAGGCCCUUGUGGGUGAUAAGACGAUUGCGUUCUGGCUCAUGGACAAGGAGAUGUACACGCACAUGAGUACACUUAGUGACCAUAGCGACAUUAUCUUUCGCGGCAUUGCCCUCCAUAAUCUAAUCACGCUGAUUACACAUGGUUUGGGUGGCGAAGCUUAUCUAAACUUUAUGGGCAACGAGUUCGGCCAUCCCGAAUGGCUAGACUUUCCAAGGGUCGGAAAUGCAGACAGUUACCAUUAUGCUAGGCGUCAGUGGAAUUUAGUGGAUAAUGACUUACUGAAAUACAAAUAUAUGAAUAAUUGGGAUCGCGCAGUCAAUACGUUAGAAGAGAAAUACGGAUGGCUGCAUGCUCAUCCUGGUUACGUAAGCUGGAAGCAUGAAGAUGACAAAGUGAUUGUAUUUGACCGAGCUGAUCUAGUGUUUGUCUUCAAUUUUCAUCCAUGCAAAUCGUUCGCUGAUUAUCCAGUCGGUAUAAAAAAUCCAGGAACGUACAAAGUCGUUUUAUGCAGCGACGAUGAACAAUUUGGAGGGCAACGACGUAUAGAUACAAACGUACAACAUUUUACACUAUCGGAACCGUUUUCUGCAUAUCAACACAAAAUGAUGGUCUACAUUCCAUGCCGUACGGCUAUCGUUUACGCACAAAUUGAUUCAUAAACCGUUUCAUGGAAAGAGAGAUGGGAGUUCUAUCCAAAAAUUGUAUAAUAGAUUACACAUAAAUGAAGAAUGAGAGAUCUUAUAUAUAUAUUUUUUUAUAGAAUAUAUUCUGAGUAUCUACCCAAAUUGUAAAAAA